CAGAUAGAUUUCCGGUAUAUAGAAAAGUACAAACAAACAAAGUUGUGAUAAUAAUGAUCUUUGACCAACACUGGCAACAGUAUGAGUGCAGUGUUGAUGUCAGUUGUGAUUGGAGUUAUUGGCCUUAUUUUAAUCUACAUCAUAGAAAAGAUCAUCACAUUCCUAAAAUGGCACAAAAAGAUGACAAAAAUAUUGUCUCACUUCCCUGGACCGAAGCCUCAUUGGUUCUUUGGUAAUGCUUUGCAGAUUGGAACUUUCCAUGAUUUUGUGACUAGAAUGCAUGAAGAAUAUGUAGAAAACUUGCACACCAAAGGUUAUAGUUUCUGGGUGUUUACAGUCCAACCCGUUGUGUUUCUGACACACCCAGACACCAUUAAAGUCAUCAUGAAAUCUAAUGCGCCUAAAGCUAAGGGUAACAUAGGAUAUAGCUUCAUGAUUCCUUGGAUUGGUGAUAGUUUACUUGUAACACAUGGAUCUAAAUGGGAGAGGAACAGAAGAUUACUGACACCAGCAUUCCACUUCAGUGUAUUAAAUGGUUACUUCAAAAUAUAUAAUGAUGUGGCAGAUACAUUACUGGAGAACUUUUCAAACGGUAGUAAAAGUGGACAGUAUAUAGAAGUAUAUCAAGCCUCAGCUUUAGCUGUGUUGGACUCUCUUAUGCAGUGUUCAUUAUCAUACAAAGGCAAUAUACAGUCAGCAGGGUAA